CCGGCCAAUAGCUCUAACUAGGUCAUACGAUGCAGCCAAUCAGCGAGCUGCGGCUCCGUCACGUGCCUUUGUUGUUAUCAUCAGCUGGGUCCGGGCGCGCUGAUAUUCAACGAAAGACAAGCGCGUCAGUGUCCGUCUUCGUUCAGCGAGCGCUGGUCGAGUGAGACGGGAGGUCCAGUGGAAGGGGUGGGAAUCAGCUGUUGUCGCUGGCUAUAGCCGGCCGGCAGCUUAGUUGUUCUUCAACUGUUUGUGGUAGAAGAAGGCUCUCAGCUGGCUGUAUCGAAUCUCACUUUAUAAGUAUGUGCAUUACUGAUUAUAACAAAAUAUCAGUUUUAGAUGGAUAUGUAAAGUGUUACGUCAAUCAUCAGCAUUCUGUGUACAAGUUAUUAGUGAGAAGACUGUAUUUUAUCGAUGACGUUGUAUUGUGAGGAGUUUUAAACGAACUUGGAAAGUUUUUUUUUGAACCGGUUUUUCUUUCGAAUAAUCCCGAAAAUGUCGACGGGAAAACGUCUAGCGAAGAGAUCAAUCAUCGGGACGCGAGUUUGUGCUCCGGGAGAGGACGGGAAGUACUACUCAGGAGUAAUACAAGCUGUCAAAACCCCAGCCAAUUUUACCGAUAACAACAAUUGUAUCAAUUUGACACCCAACACGCGGUACACUGUUCGCUUCGAUUCCCGUCAGGGAAAUUUGGGCAGAACCAGUGCCGAAUUUCACGAAAGUGAAUUAAUCGGACCCGGGUUCCAAUCAGUCCUGGGCCUGGAAUUGGUGCCGGGUCAAAAAUGCUUCGUUACUUACAACGGGAGAGAAGUAUGCGGUGAGGUUUGCAAACAUCACGCCGAAACAGACGAAGUUAUCAUUCGAAUCCAUCCCACCGGCAUUGAGGUAUGUCAUUUUCCUAACUUCGAUUCUGGAAAACUGGCUCCGUUUGAAGUGCAGAAACGUCUAGAAGAAGUACGUUUACUGGAAUCGCGAAAAUCUGCGAGAUUAGCCGAUCAAGAUACCGAUUUUGCCCGAUUGGCGGAUAUGGCAGGCGAUAGAAAAAGAACCGCCUCGCACACUAUCGAUGUACCGGCUCCAUCAUAUCAUCAUGGAUCUCGCAAGAGAAGACCAAGUGGUAGCCAAGAGGACUGUCCAAAAGACAGUACAAUGGACGAAUGCAGUGCUGCCUUGGUACUCAUGAGCCUAUCAUGUUCACCUCACUCGCCCAACCUUACUGCAUUUUCCUACUCGGGUACGUCGCCGGGUAGCAGCAGUAGCAGUUCGGCGUCGUAUAGGUCGACCCCAUCACCCCCACCGAUCGCAUACUCACCCCAAACCACCCCCUUGUCAUCGAGUUCCGUAUCCGACGAAGGUAUCGUCAUGGACUACUAUCCUGACGAGCUGCCUCGAAAGAAAAAGAAUCUUACUCGGAUCGUGUUCCAAUGUACUUGGCCAAGUUGCUUAAAAAUGACCAACACCUGUGAGGCAAUAGAAGCUCACGUCCGGAACGAGCACUUGAAAGACCAAGUGUGCGAAGACGCCGAAGAAGAGUUCUACUACACGGAAGUCGAACUCGGUCUGACCAGCCCCCCGCCCACGCUCUCGCAUCGCGACAUGGCGAGACCGUUCCACGAAGACCCUGACUACCAAAGACUCCUCGUCGGAAAUAUGCGCCAAACCAUCCUGCAACAGCAGCACCCCAUUCCCCAAUCUCCGCACAAGCUUCUGAAGUUGUCGCCGCGACCGCACAGCCCCAAGACGCCCGUGUCGCCGAGGAGGAUCCGUGGCGAGAACAAGAAGUGCAGGAAGGUGUACGGCAUGGAGCACAGGGAACAAUGGUGCACGCAGUGCAAAUGGAAAAAGGCUUGCUCGAGGUUCGGCGACUGAUACGCGCCCGCGACCAAACGCUAAAUCAGUUUAAAAGAGACACUCGGAAUAGUGCCCCCCCAAACAUGUGUUCUUUAAUAAAAAAUAUUGUAAAAAUAAACAAAAAGGGACAAACGGAAUAGGGUGCGAAUCACCCCGAUCUCAACACUUGAUGGAAGUACAAUUUAAUUCGAUAUUUUCUCUCGUGAUGGUCAAAGAUCAAUCAAAUCAAGCUGUAUCUGUGUUCUUUAAAAAACGUUUACUCAAUAUACCGCUGUUAACGAGUCGGAGGCUCUGCUACAGAUCUAACUUUACUGAGGAAUUGAUCAACAUGACGUCGGUUAGUUGUUUUUUGGCCCUCACUUUUAUAUCACCGCUCUUCUAAUUUUCAAACGAGCAAAGUACGAUCUAAAUAAGCCCGUGGCGACUUAUAUAAAGUAUCCUUUGGGGAGUAACUUUAUAAAAAUUAUCCUUUAGGGAGUACAUUUCUUUCAUUAUUUUCACUCCAUAUCUAUUAUCCAUCUAUUGAUAUGGAAACCUCCUUUCGGGAUAUGGAAAUUAAUUUAUAUCGCUAUUCUACACAUAGCUACUGAUCUACUAACAAUUGCCAACAUAAAGCAACAAUUCAGUACAAUACAACAUAAAAGUCUUACCUAAUUUUAAUUUCAAAUAUUCUUUUCUUAUUUCUAUUUCAAUUUUUACCUGAAAUUUUCUAUGGCUCCAAAAUUAGAUCUCAUCUCAGGGCGGAUUGAAUUAUCUAAAAUAUUACACACUGAAUUAACUGUUUAAAUGAUAAAAAUGAUGAGAAUACUUCUUGUUUCUCUGUGCCUUGCUUAGAGUUCUGUGCUUCUCCGCCUCUGCCCUCUCUGUCACUGCCUUAUUGGUGCUGAUAGUUGCUUCUUCUCCCGGGUUCCUUUUUACUCCGUCUCUGGUAUACCCUGUAUGCCUGUGUUUCUUUUGCUUUCGUUUUUAUUAUAAUUUUCUGAUCUUUUAAUAUUUAUAACAAUUUCCUUUAAACUGAAAAAUAUCUUAAUGAACAUCAAACAUCAUUCGAUCCAAAAUACAAUAAUAACUUCUAGCUUUUACAAUUUCUGAUCCCUCACUUACUUUCUUAUUUCCCAGUCCAAUAAUC